CUCGCGCUUCCCGCCCCCCUCGGCUCACCACGUCGCCAAGAGCAGAAGAGCAUCAAAGCAAACCUCGCCCUCGCCACCCUCGAGGUCACUGCGGCCGCUUCAUCUCCCCCGGACCUCCUCCUCUCCCCUCUCUGCCGGCCAGCAGCACCCUGACCUCUCCACCCCACCCAGCGCCAUGUCGUCCGACUCUUCGGGCGCUGGUCGCUCCCUCCCACCCUCGCUGCUGAUCAUCGCCACCAUAUCCUCCCUCUCAGCAACGCUCCUCUCCCUCUUCUCCAUCUACACUCACCUCAAACGAUACCUCAAACCUCACCUCCAACGUCACGUCAUUCGUCUCAUCCUCAUCGUUCCCAUCUACUCCACCUCCUCACUCAUUGGACUCUUCUCUCUCCCUGCAGCAUUUCUGAUUGACCUCAUUAGGGACCUGUACGAGGCAUUUGCCAUCUAUAGCUUCUUUGAGCUACUCGUAGCCUACCUGGGAGGAGAGAGGAGUACACUCAUCCUACUCGUGGGGAGGAAGCCCAUUGAGCAUCCUUGGCCGUUCAAGCUGGUGCUCAGGGAGCUGGAUUUGAGCGAUCCUUAUACCUUUCUGGCCAUCAAGAGGGGUGUACUGCAAUAUGUGCAAAUCAAGCCCAUCCUCGCAGCUUCGACGGUCAUCCUUAAGUCCUUUGGCAAGUACCAAGAGGGAGAGUUCAAGGCCAACAAUGGGUACACCUACAUCUCCACCGUAUAUAACAUCUCCAUCUUCCUCUCCCUCUACUGUCUUGCGCUCUUCUGGUCCGCCCUCUCCUCUGAGCUGGCCCCAUUCAGGCCCACGAGCAAAUUCCUUACCGUCAAGGGCGUUGUAUUUGCGACCUUUUGGCAGGGAUGGGCUAUCAGCGUCCUUGUCGCUGCGGGCAUCGUCAAGAGCAUCGGACCCAUCUCGGACACAGACUUCCUGCGUCUGGGUCUACAAGACCUUCUCCUCACCCUAGAAAUGCCCCUCUUUGCCUUGGGACACAUGUACGCCUUCUCACCCAGCGACUACGUCGACACAUGGGCCACCCAUCAAGCUCGCUUGCCCAUCCUGUAUGCCCUGCGAGACUCGCUUGGAGGGCGGGAUGUAACCGAAGACAUCAAGGGUACCAUGAGAGGGACCGGCUAUGGCUAUGCCCGAUUCGAGCCGGCGCGAGGAGCUGUUCAUCAGGGCGUGGCCAGAAGCAGGAGACUUCACGCCGGUCUGAGGUAUACUCAGGGUGGAAAGGGCAAGUACUUCCUUCCCACUAAUGGGCUAAACACGACCAGCAACGGCGGUGGAGUGGCUCCUCUGGUAGAAGGCAGCCGCAUCGAGGGUCCCUUUGCUGCUAUGCGCAGAUGGAUGGAGGACAAGCGCAUGAGGGACGAGGGCUACGCUCCCCUCAGUGCCGAAGAGGCUGCGCAAGUCCUCCAUGACAAUUCCGAUCAGGAAGACGACGAGCAGGAGGGGAGCGGAAGCAUGCUCGACCCACUACGCAGCAAUCUCGAGGGAGGCAAAGACGUCGAUGGCAAGACUGCUCGCCGGCGGAAGGCAGAGGGAGCUGCGAUGAAGCUGGGCUAUCAGCUCGAGGCGGGUCUCCUCUUCUUCUCUGACCACCCAGAUAGGAGAGGUCAUAGCGGAGACAGUGUUGUUUCUCUCGACUUUCACUCGCCGCCUUCCAAUGUUUCGGAAGAGGAGGGCUACGAGAAGGCCCGCAAGCUCGAUUAUGGCGACUAUGCUUUCCCUACCAUUGCCUGCAAUCGCGCGGGGCACUUUGAUGAGGAGAGAGGCCGAGGAGAACAGCAAGCUCUCCUCGGUCGCUCAAAGGGGAAGAGUGGCAAUGGCAGUCGCGAGCGCAGGCGGAGGGUCGAAGGCUGGUUGGAGCGGAUGAGACACGCUGUUGCUAGAGAGGACAGUGAUGAAGAGGCAGCAGAUGAAACGGUAGACGAUGCUGGUGAGGGUGAGGGUGAGGGCGAGACUACGGGCGCAGAAGAUGAAGUGACUGCCAAGGGCAAGAAGAGAAAGAGCAUCAGCGGCGAUGAAGGGAGGAAGAAGGCGAAGCAGGGUGAAGAUGGUAAGAAGAAGGAGACUGUCAAGAAGAGCGUCUGGGGUGGAUGGGCUGAUGGGGAUGACGAGGGAGAAGAGGGCGCAAAGGACGCAGCGGACGCUUCUGGCAAGGAAUCUUCCGCGAAGAGCGACCGAAAGUCCAAGAGCAAGUCUUCCUCGAGCAAAAAGGGCAAGGCGGGCAAAGACAAGUCCAAAUCCAGCAAGAAAGCCUCUUCCUCUUCGAACGGCAAGAUCACCAGCCCUGUAGCAGACGAGGGAGACCAAGCAGACGAAGCAGGCGCAGUCGAUCUGAUUAUCUCCGAUCCCAUCCAAGAAGAACGCGAGAUGGCACGCGAGCGUCGUCGGGGCGACACGGCCUCGCGUGUAGGUGGGGGAGACGGGCACGGGGGCUUAGGCAAGAAGCGCGUCUUUAGAAAAGUCUGGACUGCUGCCGACGGCCAAAAGAAGACUGCUCUUGUGGAGGCGUCUGUAGAUCCGAAGGGGGAGGGGAAAGAGGGGGAUCUGCUCAAAGACGCGCAGGGCGAUAUCCAGGAGAACCCUGCUGAGGGUAGUGAUGGCAAGAUCAAGGAGGGGGUGGUGGUCAUCUCCGACGAGCCGCCACCCGGGACGGGAGGCGAUCUGGGCCAAGUGGCCGUACAAGUCACACCGCCUAUUGCACUCGCCUCUUCCCCGUCCAAUGGGGCUUCAUCCUCCUCCUCUCCUUCCUCUUCGGGAUCUGACGACGAGUCUCGUCCCGCCUCCGCCUCCAAGGGCUCUGCUGCUCGCCGCCAGAAAGCAGGCAAGGAGGAUACCGCUCGUCGUCAAGAGAAGAGUGACGCAUCCAAUCCUGCUCCGGACAGUAAGAACAAGACUGCUGGUGAUCCCAACCAACCUUCUGGCAAUGACCACGAUCAGCUAUUGGAAGAGGGUGCUACUCCUGCCCCUCCUUCUGCUCCUGAGAGGAGGAGAGAGGAGGAGAGUGAGAGUGAGAGGGAAGAAGGGGACGCAAAGGUUAGAGAAGAAGCAGAGGAGAGGGUGAAGGAGGCAGAUCGGCAAAUGCCCGUUUAUCAGAGACAUGAUUGGGGAGAUGUGGGCGGGGAUGAUAGUGUAGAUGGGGGUCGGAACCCUUGGACCUGAGGCAAGGCGGGCGAGCUGGGGAGAAGAGGUAGUGUGAAGUUGAAUAGAAGGAACGAGCUGCCAUAUGCUCAUCAUUUCAUUCUAGAUCAAUCCCUUGUACUAUAGCAAUAGCAACCUUGACAGUGACAGUCACUUGACAAACAUUAGCAAAGACCUUUUCG